UCAGGCCUCUCAUCAAUUCCUUCUCCGUGAGCUCUGUUGCAUCCGCACAACCCGGGAACAUUUCUUGGUCUGUUGGUCGAUCGCUUGCCUUCACCAUUAGUACUGUACAUCCACCUCGGACCUCCUCCUAGUUCUUGUUUCCUAUGGCCGCGCAAUCUUGGAACCCUUUCUCUUGCUGCGUCCGUGGGGCAGCCGCCGUCGACGACGACUAUGAGUCGCCGAGUGGGGAUAAGGGCAGCCCGAGGUCGCCUCUGAAGAGCCUGAGCUCGUCGGGGACGCUGUCACCGGAGGAGCUCUCGCUGACGCUGUCCGGCUCGAACCUGCACGCCUUCACAUACGCCGAGCUCCGCGCGGCCACAGCCAACUUCUCGCGCGCCAACUACCUCGGCUGCGGUGGGUUCGGCCCGGUCUACAAGGGCGCCGUCGACGACAAUCUCCGCCCCGGGCUGGCCGCGCAACCCGUCGCCGUCAAGUACCUCGACCUGGACUGCGGCACGCAGGGACACCAAGAGUGGCUGGCAGAGGUUUUCUUUCUUGGGCAACUGAGGCACAAGAACCUGGUGAAAUUGAUCGGCUACUGCUACGAGGACGAGCACCGGAUGCUGGUCUACGAGUUCAUGGUCGCCGGGAGCUUGGAGAAGCACCUCUUCAAAAGUAUCAAUGGGUCUCUCCCAUGGAUGACAAGGAUGAAGAUCGCCGUUGGCGCGGCAAAGGGCCUCGCCUUCCUCCAUGGUGCCGACCCCCCGGUGAUCUACCGGGACUUCAAAGCCUCCAACAUCUUGCUUGACUCGGACUACAACACUAAAUUAUCGGACUUUGGGCUGGCGAAGGAUGGGCCUCAAGGCGACGCAACACAUGUGACAACGCGUGUAAUGGGGACACACGGAUAUGCAGCACCUGAGUAUAUCAUGACGGGCCACUUAACCGCCAAAAGCGACGUCUACAGCUUCGGUGUUGUGCUUCUGGAGCUUCUCUCAGGACGACAAUCCGUGGACCGUUCACGACGAUCAAGGGAACAAAACUUAGUGGACUGGGCUAGGCCCUAUCUCAAACGAUCAGAAAAACUGCAUCAGGUGAUCGACUCAGCCCUCGAGUGUCAGUACUCGUGUAAGGGUGCUGAGGUGGCUGCGUUGGUGGCGUACAAGUGUCUGAGUCAAAACCCCAAGUCCCGACCAUCCAUGAGGGAGGUCGUCAAGGCAUUGGAGCCUGUACUUGGCAUGGAUGACUUUUUCCCUGCUGGUCCGUUCGUGCUCACUAUAGUUGUCGAGGAGGACAAGAUGAUGGACAUGAAGGUGGAGACUGAGGAGAAACAACAAAGCCAUCAUCAGAAGCAUCAGGAUAGACACCGACAUAAAUACCCUGGGUCAGCGAUCCACGGUGACAUUGUGAUCCACGGAGAUAAUGGGCAGGUUGCCGGGUUCACUGGCACGUUGCGAAGGCAACAGAGGACGCUAAGUUACCACCGGGAAAGAGGGGCUUAGGAGUUAGGAGUAUGGUAGGGGAAGCACGCAAGAUUGUAGAUAGAAGGUAUGUAUAUAUGCAUACUACUGAGAUGUGAUACGGUGUCACAUCGUUUGUUUAGAAAUUGCGGAUUGUGUUUCUUUCUUUUCUUCAAGAUAGUGGCAAACAUACAAAAGUUUGGUUAAGUUUUUGGCCAAAGUUGUUGUUCAAAUAUGUUGGAAAUGAAUGGUUCUACUUGAUGUCA